UAGAAAGUUAGAAACUAAUAAUCACGACACACAUAGACUAAAUAUGUCGUCAUCUCCGAUAAACAGCUUCUAAACCCAACACAAUUCUUUCACAAUAAUAAUUAAAAACAACAUUAUUACUGUUCAUGUCGACAUAGUCUAUUCAACAAUUACACAAGUUCCCAUCUUUAGGGCCAAUAUUUCUAACCUUUUCAAACUAAUUCAAUAUCCCGAGUAACCAACCUCUCUAAACAAAAAAAAAAAAUCUUAUAUAAAUAAGCAGUGUGAAUUGUUCAUUGUUACAAACCACACAAACGAAGACUAACAAAAAAGAAACUCUAACGUUCAUCAAAAGCCAAUGAUGUAUCGAGUCCAAAAAACCGUAGUUUCAGCUUUCAUUUUCUCUUUGUCUAUUCUACCGCUUCUAGUCUCAGCCACUGAUGAAGAAAACGAAUGUGGUGGCUCCAAUGGAGGAGGCUCCGCUACAGAGAAGGCAUCGAUUCUUAAGUACAAGAUCGGAGCAUUCUUCUCCAUCUUAGUAGCAGGAGUGUUAGGAGUCUGUUUACCUAUCUUCGGCCUCAAGUCAGAGAGCAACUUUUUCAUGUUCGUGAAGGCAUUUGCCGCAGGAGUAAUCUUAGCCACCGGUUUCGUCCACAUUCUUCCAGAUGCCACCGAGAGUCUCACGAGUCCAUGCCUCGGAGAAGAGUCACCAUGGGGUGAUUUUCCCAUGACGGAUUUAGUUGCCAUGGCUGCGGCGAUUUUGACCAUGUUGAUUGAGUCUUUUGCUUCAGGGUAUUUGAACAGGUCUCGUUCGGAGAAUGAGGCUAAGACGUUGCCGGUGAGUACCUGUGGAGAUAAGGAGGAGCAUUCACAUAUUGGCUCUGCUCAUACUCAUGCCUCGCAAGGACAUGCUCAUGGCUCUCUUCUCGUCCCCCAAGAUGAUAUGAGGAAAAAGAUUGUGACACAAAUACUUGAAUUGGGGAUUGUGGUUCACUCAGUGAUAAUAGGAAUAUCUCUGGGAGCAUCUCCGAGUGUAAGCACAAUAAAGCCUCUCUUGGUUGCAAUAACUUUCCAUCAACUGUUUGAAGGUUUUGGUCUUGGUGGUUGCAUCUCUGAGGCAAAGUUUGGGGUUAAGAAAAUAUGGAUUAUGGUGUUGUUCUUUGCACUCACGGCACCAGCAGGGAUUGGAAUCGGUAUUGGAGUUUCAGAGAUUUACAAUGAGAACAGCCCAAUGGCACUAAAAGUAUCAGGUUUUCUUAAUGCGGCAGCUGCUGGAAUCUUGAUUUACAUGGCGCUUGUUGAUUUGGUAGCUCCACUAUUCAUGGACCAUAAAGCUCAGAGUAGUAUGAAGAUACAAUUAGCUUGUAGCCUUUCUCUUAUUCUUGGUGCUGGUUUGAUGUCUCUUCUAGCUGUUUGGGCUUGAAAUGAUUUGGGCUUGCAUGUUUUAGUUUCUUUAGCAUUUUAGAGAAAAUCAGUUACAUUUUGCUACCAGAUUUGACUAAAAUGAUAUAUCAAUCAAUUUCUUAGAAGAUGUUAUCAGUUCUUGAUGGCAAUCUCUUGAAUAGUUAUGAGAAAUAGAAUAUAAAUCGAAAAGCCCUAAGCCUAUGAUGGCUCAUGACGUAGAAUGCAAGGAACAUGAGCAGCAGCUACAUGGGAGACAAAGCAUAUUACUCUACAACCUGCAAAAUAAGAAGCAAGAAUGAGAUUUGGAGUAAUGAGUCAAAUGAUGCAAACAACUUUGACUCUUCAUAAAAGCAUAAAAUCAAGUCAUCACAUUCUUGUCGAAACGAUCCGUUUUCAUGUUCUGGAUAUUCAUGGAAUAACCCUUCAAAAAGGAUAUGCCAUCAUCAGUUUUUUAUAUACCAAUUCUUUCACUUUCACAAUCAUCAUCACUCUACAGAUUUUAAUUAUUUUCAGUCAAAUAUAAAGUCUAGAUUCUUUUAAUUUUUUUACAAAUUAAAAAUUAAAUUAAAACUAUGAAUACGUUACAUACUUAUAGCACCCCCAUUAGUGAACUUAUGCGGGGUUCACACAGAUUUCAAAAAAAAAAAAUAUUAAAAUAAGGAAUAGUGAUGAACUUGUCUCUCUCCACCUCUUCCCAGUGAACCUGUUUCAUCACUGUAGCGCGGGCCCCACGGCAUGUGGCGGCCCGCGAUUGGUCCGAAAAAAUAAUU